AGAGUUUGCCAGGGUAACAAAAUCACUAGGAGGUCUCAUUGAGGAUCUUUCAAAGAGUCUACAUAACAGUUUACAGUUUCCUCUGGAAUCUUUACUUAAAGGAGAUAUAAAAGGUGUUAAAGGUGAUCUCAGAAAACCAUUCGAUAAGGCAUGGAAAGAUUAUGAAUCUAAAUUUUCCAAAUUAGAAAAAGACUAUAAGAAGAAGUGGAAUGAGGCUGGAUUAUAUAGGACAGAGUUAACUGGCAGUGAAGUGUCCGAAGAAAUGGAGAAAGAAAGAAAAAUUUUCCAAUUACAGUUGUGUAGUUAUUUGAUUAAAGUAAAUGAGAUUAAGACAAAGAAAGGCGUUGAUUUACUCAACUAUCUCAUAGAAUAUUACAAAGCUGUUAAACUAUUUUUCAAUAAAGGACAGACAGAAGUAGAGAAAAAUCAGAGUUUUGUCGACAAUCUUGGUCAACAGUUAAAGGACAUUAAACAAGCACAGAAUAACGAGAGAUGUCAGCUACAAGAAUUACAAACUGCUCUCAAAAGUGGUAUGACGGGUUACAAAGAGCCAAGCUCGACGUCAGUAACUCCCCCUGGUUACAGCUUACAUCAACUACAAGGAAACAAGAACCAUGGAUGUGUUAAAGAAGGGUACCUUUUAAAAAAGAGUGAAGGAAUGUUGAAAAAAAUCUGGCAGAAACGGAGAUGUAAAAUUAAAGAUGGAAUUAUGUCUAUUAGUCAUUCUGAUGAAACCAAGGACCCUGUUAGACUUAAUUUAUUAACUUGUCAAGUAAAACUUGUCUCAGAAGAUCCAGGGAAGAAAUGUUUUGACCUUGUUUCUAGUCACGGCAACAGAACUUACCAUUUUCAAGCAGAUGAUGAAAAAGAAAUGGAACACUUUUCCCAACUGGGAACCUCAAGUUUCCCUGGUAACAGCAUCUGCUGCGAUUGUGGGGCACCAGAUCCAAAAUGGCUGUCUACAAACCUGGGAGUAUUAGUGUGUUUAGAAUGCUGUGGUAUACAUAGAAAUCUCGGUGUUCAUGUGUCACGGACACAAAGUUUAGAAAUAGACGAUUUAAGAACAUCUCAAUUACUGUUAGCAAGAGUUAUAGGAAAUGACAAUUUUAAUGAAGUUUUAGAGGCCAAAUUAGACAGAUCAUCUAAACUUAAACCAGAUAGUCCCAUGAAAGAAAGAGAAGAGUUCAUCAAGGCGAAGUAUGUACAACAUAAGUUUACGAUCGAGACGUGCAGCGAUACUAUAGAGUUACAGCAGGACCUUCAACAGGCAAUACAGACCCGUGAUAUACAAGCUAUAAUACAGGUGUACGCCGAGGGUCUAGAUCUGAUGACAGUUCUACCAGAAUCUCCCAUAGAUGAGACAGCAUUACAUCUUGCCAUUGCUGAGGAAGAUGGCAGCUCUCUCCCAAUUGUCGACUUUAUUGCACAGAAUUCCAAUUUGAAUAGUUUGAGCAGACAAACUCGAGAUGGUAACACAUGUUUACAUCUGUGUGCAAUGUUGAACAAAUCUGAGUGCAUGAAAUGUUUGUUGAGGAUUAAACCUGAUAUAGCCAACAUCAAAAACAAUGAAGGUCAAACUGCCUAUGAUAUUGCCCUAGAAAAAGACUAUCAGUUGUGUGCAGAAUUGGCUAAGGCUGCUAUGGCAGGGAAGAAAGAAGUGUUUGAACAUAUAAAUACAGAAUGGGAUCUCAUGACGGAUGAUGGACCAGAUUUCAGUGAUGAUGAAUUAGAGCUUGAACCCAGAAAACCAAGGUCACGACCUUCCAGUUUAAUAGGAGUUGAAAUUCCACACUCGCCAAGGGAACGAGCGGAAUCCGACGUUGUACCCCGACCUAUUAAACCAAAAAAGCACCACUUAACCCAUCCUACAAGGUUCCGUAAUAGUCUGAGGAACAUUGCAGGUCUCGGUAAUCACACUAGUCACUCGUUGCCAAACUCCCCUCCGGUCACGUCGGGUAAUCCAGAUCGUAAUUCCCUCGAGCCUCCAUUACCUCCACGAGGUAUAAAGAAACCUCCGGCAGCAUUGUCAUUGAGUGGCGGAGGUAUGGUCGGCGGGAGACCACUUCAUGCUAGAAAUACGUCAGAUCUGGGGUCGGAAAUACCGUACGUUUUGCACCGACGUACCCCGUCAGAACCCCCGCCUCGACCUCAACCUCUCGAUGCCAGAUAUACCGUCAACAUUCCAUAUAGUGAUGCCAAACAUGGUGGAUCCCAGCCACGGCUUGAUAUGAGUUUGUCUGACAAACCUGCAGUUCCACCGAGACCUAGAGCUUUAUCAGGCAGUGGAGAUUUAUCAUCCAAUAAAACCAAUUCUCCAGAUGUCGAGACACCACCUCCAAUCCCAGCUCCCAGAAAGCCAAAAAAAAUGGGAUACAGGCGUUGCGAGGCUCUGUUUGACUGUGAUGCUGAUAAUGAGGAUGAACUUACAUUUAGAGAAGGGGAGAUAAUCAUUUUAUUGAGGGAAGAAGAGGAAGAGUGGUGGGAAGGAGAGAUAGAGAAUCAGCCACAUAGGAAGGGCCUGUUUCCAAUAAGUUUUGUAAAACCACUACCAGACUGACUGGCAGAUAUAUAAUUGCCUCAUAUCAAACUUGUAUCUUCUAGUCCAAGGUCCACCAGUUGGUUAAAUCACUACAAAAAAAUGAAUGUAGAUCAGUCUUAAACUCCAAUCAUAUAACUACAAUCAUAUGAUUGGCUGAUUUCAAAACUACAAAUUUGAAAUUCGACCAAUGACAAAGGUUUAUUCAGAAAAUUGCUCCUGUAAUUGUAAAGUUCAUGUAUAUGGGACUUAUUGGACUUUCAUUGAAUAUAUACAUUUAUUUACAUAUGCAAAAAGACACACCCUACAAAUAUGAUAUUAUUAGACUGUCUGUAUAGCAUGAUAAGGUAAAUUAUCACGCAUAACAAUAUUUUAUCACAUAAAUUCACAUACUAAUUUUCUUUGACAGUAAUCUAUUUCCUGAUUACUGGUUGCCUGGCUACUUGUUACCUAGCAGCUUGUUACCUGGCUACUAAAAGU